UUCUUCACCUCUGCAUUUCUGCUAGCGCGUUUAUUGUUUAUGUUUACCAAUUACUAAUUACCAUUUAAUAAUUGCUACAAAUUUCGCGCUCCGUAUCCAAAAAUGACAGAUGAAAAAAGCUGUAAAGACUUCAAAAAAGGCUGACGAGAUGCAAACAACGCCCACAACGUCGAAAACGAAAUCACAGGACAAAAAAAGCAAUGCCGGCUGCGGCUGCGCAUCUGUCGCCGGAGGCUGAAAUGGAUGAAGAGCAGACAGGUCAGCCAGCGGCCUACAGCAUGCGACCAGCAUUUGGCGAAUCAUUUCCACUGCCAAUAGUUAAAAGCAUCAUCAACACAGCCAUGUCCGAAAAGCUCAAAGACAAACAAUACGACAAGGAUGUGGCCAAGACAUGGACGAGAGAAAUUGCCGACGAAGUGAAUCAACAGAUUGCCGCCAAUCCCAAGGUGAAGCGUUACAAGCAUGUGGUACAAGUGAUGCUGGGACAGGAGCUGGGCGCUGGUGCAACGUAUUUAUCUCGCUGCUGUUGGGAUUGCGACUGCGAUACUUCGAUCACAGAGGUGUUUAGCAAUACAAGCUUGUUCUGCGUCUGCACAGUGUACGGCACAUAUCAGUACUGAGAGGGGAUUAUGUACAGAUGAUGCUAUAAAUGAUUUUUAUCAGACAUCUUCUACGAAGCGUAAAAUUCCAAAGAAUACGUUAGACUAACGCAUUAAACUCUGAAUGAUUUUCAUCCAUAGAUACAGAAAUAUCUUUAAGUGCCCACAGUCAUCAUUAGAUAUAAUUGGGAGUCCAAGUAUUGUUACUAAAGACUACUUUCAACUAAUAUGUAUUAAGCUAUAAAGUUUUUACCUCUAAAGAUAAAAAUCUAUCUCUAUGUCAACACUAUCUAUAAGCACAAAACUCACUCAGCACCAGCUUGCAAUUUACCAUUUGAUUAAAGCAAACGCACUGCAUACAAAAUGUGAACAGCAU